AAUACUGGGCGUUGUAGCGAUAGGCCUUCUGUAUAUAAUAAUUUUCAUUAGCUAAAUGGUGCUAAUAGGUCAGGAUACUGAAACAAGCCAUAUUAUUCAGAAUGCAAAGCGGAAUCACACAAGAAUUUUGCCAACAAAUACCAAAAGUAGAACUUCAUGCACAUUUAAAUGGAUCACUUAGCAAUAAAACUAUCAAGAAACUUCUUGAUAGAAGACGUGACUUAAAAAUAUCGACAGCUGCAUUUGAAAAGGGUGAACAACGCACCAUGGGUGAUUGUUUUGAAAUGUUUAAAGUUAUUCAUUCAUUGGUGGAUAGCACAGAGGUCAUUUAUGAGGUCACAAAGGAUGUAAUUGAAGAGUUUUCAGCGGAUGGAGUUAAGUAUUUGGAAUUGCGAAGCACUCCAAAAGGUUUGGUAGAAAGUGGAAUGGAUAAAAGGAGAUACAUGGAUGCGGUGGUGGGAGCUAUAAGGGAUUAUAAGCAUGAUAAUGAUGAUGUAAUUGAUGUUAAGUUUCUACCAUCUAUUGAUAGAGGAAGAAGCAUUAAAGAUGCACAAGAGAAUUUAAAACUUGCGGAAGAAUAUUCUAUUUCGUGCGAGGAUAUUGUAACAGGUAUCGACUUCAGUGGAAAUCCUUACACCACUGAUGCUGCGAAGUUUAUGCCUGUUUUGCAAGGUGCACAAAGGGUAGGGUUGAAGUCAGCUGUUCAUCUUUCCGAAGUAAAAGACAGAUCAGAUGAAACUCGAAUGUUUUUAUCAGUUCCUCCAGAUCGCAUCGGACACGGGACCUUCCUAACUGAUGAAGAAGAUGUUAAAUCUUCCGUGCUAGAAUCCAGGAUCCCAAUUGAAGUUUGCGUUUCAUCCAAUAUAGCUUCCAAUACCUCACCCCCUGAGCAUAUAAAGCAUCACUCUGUGUGGUGGAUGGGUCAAGAACACCCAUGUGUUGUUUGCACUGAUGAUAAAGGGGUUUUCUCCACUGGUUUAUCAAGCGAAUAUUUUAUAAUAGCGAAUGCAUUAUCGCUAUCUGAAGAACAAACUUUAAAAUUAUCUGAAUCUGCGAUAGAUUUUAUAUUUGCCGAUGAAAAUAUGAAAGCAAAACUAAAACAAAUAUGGAAAGAGUCUAAAAAAGCUUUGUUUUAAGGGUUUUAAAAAACUGAGGUUUUGGUAUAAAAUUUAGUGUAGAUUUUGUCAAUUACAGCGUUUUAUUUGCCAAACGGUUGGUUUAAAAAAUUCUUUGUUAGUUUUAUAUGAAAAGUUAAGUUUUUUUAUACGUUUAUAAAUCAUGCAAUCAUACCUGGUAAGUCAACAUUUCCAGAAUAAUUGUUGCAGCAGUUUAUUACUUUUUAUAUUUUAUACCAAUUUAGUAUUUAAACAAUUUCAUUCAUUUAAUUUUAUAUUUUCCUCCAAAUUUUUCUUUCAGA